AUGUUUAGCAACCAUCGUGGAAUUGGAAUGAAAACUCGCCCUUCCUAUCACAUUCACUUUUUGGGUCUACCCAUUGGCCAACACGUUGCUAUUAGUGCCGUGGUCAAUGAAAAGACUGUCACUCGCUCAUACACCCCUACCUCAAACAACAUCGACCGGGGCCGCAUUGAACUCGCGAUCAAAUGCUAUCCGGACGGCCUACUGAGCGGAAAGUAUCUGGCUGGCCUGACUGUAGGUGACGAAGUCGAAUUCCGCGGGCCUAAGGGCGCUAUGUGGUACACAAAGGGUCAUUUUCGCAAGAUCGGCAUGGUGGCCGGCGGUACAGGCGUCAUGCCCAUGUACCAACUUAUCCGGGCAAUCUGUGAGAACGACACCGGCACCACAGAAGUUAGCUUGUUGUACGCGAACCGCAGCGAGUCUGAUAUUCUCUUGUGCGGGGAACUCGAACGGUUCGCACGCCAAUACGCAAAGAACUUCAGGCUGCGGUAUAUACUGGACUCUGCGCCGGAGGGCUGGACUUAUGGGUCCGGAUAUGUGGACCGGACAGUUCUGGCGGAGCAGCUCCCUGCAUUAUCGCCGGACACUAAGGUGAUGCUAUGUGGGCCGCCCGGAAUGGUCAAUGCCACUAAAAAGAAUCUUUUUGCGCUGAGCAUUGCCAAACCAGGGUAA